AUGAGUUGCAUAUGCAGGGGAACUAGCAUGCUGUCCACAAACAAUGCUUGGAGAAUCCCCCUCGGCCUGUUUUUUAUCGUCCCUAGUAUUGUUAUGGCUGUGAUCUGGUUUAUUCCUGAGUUGCGCUCUGGAGUUUUAACCGCAAGCGAAAUCGAUGACGAAUUUUCAGCCCUCCAGGCCGCUAUAGCCUUAGACCCAGGACAAAGCUCAUACUGGGAGAUCUUUCAAGGUGUGAAUCGAACUCGAACUGCUAUCAUUGUGGUCAUGAACUUCUUUCAACAGGCCAGCGGUCAAUCUUUUGUAUCGUCGUACGGUGCCGUAUUUGUUCGCAGUAUUGGGAGUGUUAACCCAUUCAAUAUGACGGUAAUUAAUGCGUCUGUCAAUCUGUUCAUGUGCGGAGUGUCCUUGGUUCUUAACGACAGAAUCGGAAGACGGUAA